AUGGCAUGCGCAGAUUUUAAUCGGCAUGGCCAAGGGGUGAACGGGAAACACGCGCAGUCUGUGGUCAGACGCAUAUUCCAGGAGGAAGGCCUCCAGACAUGGCGGUACCAACGCGGGCUGUGCAUUGAGCCCCCUCCAGAGGACCCGCUUCGUUUCGCACGCUUCACGAACGGGUACGUGAAGAAGCAGCGGGAGCUGCUGGCGGAGGUAGAGGAACGGCCGCUGCCUGGCUCGUUUGCCAAAACGCACCUUUGGCAUAGCCUACACACCGCAAAGGUGGGCGGCCGCUGUUACUGGGACACUGGUCUUCCACUGCAGGCCAACCUUGAAGAUCCUGAGGUCCGACAGACUUUCCAGUCUGGAAUGUGGUACGAGACAUUGCGAUACGCAGCAUGGCAGGAACAUCCCGACGCUGUCAAGGCGCUGAUGUUUGGAGACAAUUUGGACGCCGCCUUUGCUCUUGCGGAGACGGAGAUGUCGGUGAUCCAGACCUUCUACACGCAAUGCAGGCUGCUGACACCACGGCCUGGCGAGUCAAUGUUUGAGGCCGUAUCCCGGAAGAUCACCGUGGGCAACGCUUUCUCGGACGAGCUCAAGAUUGCUGCCUUCAACUUUUCCAAAGUGAUCGGGGACACGCAGCUCCACCUGCUGAUCGACGCCUUUCAGUCCUACGUCAACCCAACGGAGCAGAUGCUCGGCCAGGGCAUGCUUGCGGCGGUCACUGCGCUGCCAGAGACUGCGCUGUGGUGCAAGACUGCUUUGUGCAUUGCCAACAUGUGCGCGCCACAAGCCCGGAUGGUCCGACAGGGGACGAAGCUUGUGGGCCAAGUGGUGCCUGAUAGCAGCAUCAGAGCCUUCGGCAAGCUGGACAGGCGCUUGGUGGAGUCUGUGGAGGAGAAGCUGGCCGCGGAUGCCCUUGCCAAGAUGACAGGCACGAGCGACCCCGACCAGCGGAGCGAGGACUUGGACGACAAGCUCAGCGCCGCUGAGGAAAAGACCCGGCAGGCCUUUGUGGAGCCGGCUGAGAGCAACAAGAAGAAGCAGAAAUGCGCGGCGCAGGCAGAUUGUCUUCCGGCCCUCGCGAUCAAGGAUGGCAAGGUGGAGAAUGACCCCUCCACGCGCGCACGGGCCAAGGGGCUGGUGCCAGAUUGCCCCGUGAUUGUGGAUUGCGAACCUUCUCCUUCGCAGGGGGUGCUCUUGAGUUUUGAUGGCCUGGAGCACGCGAAGGUUCGCAUGGCGGACGGGGAUACGAUCCAGACGAUUCAUUUGGAUGACUUGGCGGUGGACAAGGAAAAGCUGGGGAAGAAGACUGAGAAGCCCGCCCGCCCGCUCGACAAUAGACAGCCAGGCAAACCAUGGGCCCUCAUGACAGAGCAGCAUGCGCGAGUAGCAAUCAAGGAUAGCGUGCGCGCUGCCCUCUUCACUUUGAACGGUGCGUGGGGCCCAGCACAAGACCAGCUUCGGGUGCACGAGGAGCAUGACGGGGAAAGAUUCUCUAUCAACUUUCCCGCAAAGGCGGGCUCCCUCGUCUUUGUCCCCUUCACUCAGGUUCUCCUGGAGGAAGGCGCGCGGCGCGCCCGACUUUCUGAGAAGCAACCUGAGAAAGACGAGCGCAUGCCGGUCUUGAAGGUCAGCCGCAAGGAAGGAGAAGAAGCGACCUUCUGGCUUAGCCCAGGUGAAGGGUUCUUUUGGAAGUUCUUGGACCAGCAGCAGCAUCAAAGUGAAGACGCCCCCAACUUGGUUUACAAGGAUGUGACUGCCCAGACGACCGUGUCAGUGUCUGCGCAGAUGAUGCUACGGAAGAGGCCUUCCAAGAAGGCUUCCAAGGUUACAUCUGAGUUGUCUUUCCAAGUUUUGACGAACGAGUCUGAUUUACCAGCAUUGACGGUUUUGCGAGCCCCGGCACCCAAGCAGCGAGCUUCUGCACAGGGGGCAAGUGGAGUUUAA